AAAAGAGAAAAGCUGGCAAAAGGUUGUCUAGGUCAGCGAUCGCUUCAACCGCUAUUGUAUUUUGUAUUUUGGAUUUCUAUUUUCCAUCGUGAAAUUGUUUUCCUUUUCCCCUUUUUCUCUUUUCCCCUCUCUCUCUCUCGUCUCUUCUCAAAACCUCAGGUCCCACCCACUUCACCCAUCGUCCUGUCCCUCUCUCUCUAAUCUAUCUCACAUUUCAAUUUCAAUUCCAAUUCCAAUUCCUUUUCUGAGCAAUUAGGGCUAAAGCUAAAAAGCGACACACUCUGUGGGGAUUUCAAUUUCAAAGAAUUCCGAUUCUUUCUCUCUUGAAAGCUCUUCCCCAAGAAAUGGAGUCUAGAAGAUGAUCUCUCUCUGAAGAAAGAAAGAAAAACUGAGGUGAAGUGAAAUAGGCAUUAUCAUUGUUGGAUUAGAAUUAGCUUUUAGGGGUGGAGGAGAGAUCCAGUGCUUCGCUGCUGGAAAAAUGAGUGCGUCCAGGUUCAUCAAGUGCGUCACCGUCGGCGACGGCGCUGUCGGCAAAACUUGCAUGUUGAUUUCCUACACCAGCAAUACUUUCCCUACGGACUAUGUGCCAACGGUUUUUGACAACUUCAGUGCAAAUGUGGUUGUGGAUGGAAGCACCGUUAACCUUGGGCUAUGGGAUACUGCUGGUCAGGAGGAUUACAAUAGGUUAAGACCCUUGAGCUAUCGAGGUGCAGAUGUGUUUAUUCUUGCUUUCUCUCUCAUAAGCAAAGCCAGCUAUGAAAAUGUUGCAAAAAAGUGGAUUCCUGAAUUAAGGCAUUACGCACCUGGAGUUCCAAUAAUCCUCGUUGGAACAAAGCUCGAUCUUAGGGAUGAUAAGCAGUUCUUUAUCGAUCAUCCAGGUGCGGUGCCCAUCACUACGGCUCAGGGAGAAGAGCUUAAAAAACUGAUUGGAUCUCCUGCCUACAUUGAGUGUAGCUCAAAAACACAGCAGAAUGUUAAGGCAGUUUUUGAUGCAGCCAUUAAGGUUGUGCUACAGCCACCAAAGCAAAAGAAGAAAAAGAAAAAGGCACAAAAGGGUUGUUCCAUAUUGUGAUUCAGAGGAGGGAUUGUAUUUGACAUAGGAGACAAUGACCCACGAGCCUAUUUUACAUCUCCAUAUCAGUCAGUCAAGUCAGUCCUUGUGUCUCUGUUCUUUUUUCUAUAUCCAUGCGACCAUGUCCUCUUUUAAGGAAGCAGCAACCUGUGGUGUAUAUUCUUUGACUGACAUGCUAGGGAUCAAAUGUGAAAGCAUGAAAUUAUUAGUUUCUGGCUUUACCUUUGUUUUCAUGAUCUGUAACUCUGGUGAACUAGCGUAUUCCUUGUUGACCCCAUGUACACGUAUCCGUGUUUAAAAAUUUGUCUCCUGUAUUAACCAGAUGCGAGGAAGUGAACUUGGUUAUAUCAUUCGUAAUUUGUGUUCUUAA